CUUGCUGUGGGUGACAGACUCUCAGGAGCUCUGUGUUUACCAGUGGAGGCCAGAGCAGCUUUUGAGGAACUGCUUAGAGCACUAACUGGACAAAGACCCGCUGUGGAGCCACAGAGGGUGGCCAGGUUCAAGGCUGACUUUCUAUCAGGAAACACAUUUCAAGAAAUGGUUUCUCCUAAAACAAGCAAAGCGAGUUCUGUGCAGCAGGUGCACAAAUUGAUUGCUUCUGCAUGCCUGGAGCCCAGAAGGGUGGCCAAAUAAGGAACCAGCACGAGCCACACCCUCCAUGGGUGCAGAAGUUAAACAACAAAGAACUUUGGCUGGAGGCUACCCAACACUGUGCUGGUUUUUAGAUCUGAAGUCUUAUUUUCUUAGGAAAGAAUCUGUGAAGCCAGAAUUACCAAUCCCAAAGCUGGGCAUGGUUGCACAUAUUCCUACAAUCCCAGUCUCAGAAGGCUUGGUUCAGACUCCGUUCAAGAUCAGCCUUGACUACCUAGUGAGUUCCAGGCUGGCCUCAGAAACAAUGAGACCUUGUCUCAUAGGAAAAAUGAAAGAGUUAUCCAUCCUGUUUUUUCCAAUGAAGAACAAAGUCUGAAGUCUGAAAGGCUACAACGUGAGUACGUGCCAAAGCAGGCGGGAACUGAGCUACCUCUGCGAGGGUGCCAAAUAUCCAAGACUCUGUACUUUCAUCUCCAAAGGUGUAACAAGGUACCUGUAACAUCAGGUGCAAUUCCGUUCCAAGCCACAAGAAGAACGAAAGGCCAGGACUUCCCCCAGCACCAGCUUCCAUUCCUGCUUGGGACAAAAGUAAGAUCUUCCCAAGGCUUGAGAACUUCCUGCUACUUCACGUUUCAAAUAGAGCUUGUUCUUAAUCCUCACCCUCAGGCCAGGCCCAGAGUAAACCGGAGGAGUUCCGGAGCUGUCUGUCGGACAGAGAGCUGCCCCGUGGCCUGGUGAGAAGAGCCAUCCGGAUGGAAACCAGACCUGCAAAGAGUCCAGGCAAACAAUUUACAUUUUAUUAUGGAAAUGAAGUCCACAAACAAGAUUACUUCAUUAAGUCGCCACCCCCUCAGCUUUUCUUCUCGGCAACCUCCUGGAAAAAGCGGCUUUUUAUCCUGUCCCAGAAUGGGGAAAGGGGCCUGAGUCUCUCCUAUUAUAAAGACCAUCAACAUCGAGGGUCCAUCGAAAUCGAUCGAAGCACCGUCAUAGAAGUUGGUAUAAAUAGCCAGGAAAAGAUGCAGUCUGUGCAGAAGAUGUUCAAAUGCCACCCGGACGAAGUGAUGUCCAUCAGAACCGUGAACAGGGACUACUUCCUCGUCGGCCAUGACAGGGAGACAAUCAAAGACUGGGUCUCCUUCAUGUCGCCGUAUUGCUGGGGUGUGCACGCAGCUCAUCAGAAUACAGAGCAGGAGAAGCCUUCGCUGGGUGACAGAAGGCCAGUUUCCGACCCCAGUCCUUUCUUUGGUCUCUGCAGUGCACCGGAGAUUGUCGGCCUCGCAUCACCAAGGGCCAGUCUUCCAGACAUGCAUUUAAUACAAAAUAAUCUCCAAGGACUCAGGCAAGAUCAUCAUCAUUAUGAACAUCAUUUAUACUCAAAACCUCCUCAAGACACAGAAGAGAAUUACUAUCAGACUCCCCGAAGCAUCCUUUCAGAAUUGAAGAAUACUGCUGACUCCAAUGAUUCCGAUGACUCCAUUGAAUCCAAUAGUCCAGACCACAUUUUCAAGAAAUCUGAGAGCAAUUACAUGUCAAUGAGAUCCUGUUUCUUCAAACAAUCGCCCCCUGCAUCUGCUGAUGGCGAAGCUGAAACCCAGAGCUCUCUGGAGACUCCGGAGCAGGCAACUUCUCUGCAGGAACUCGGCUCAGGGAGUUGUCUGUAUCUUUCACUAGAUGAUCUGGAAGCACAAACCGCAGAAGACAAAAUGGGGUCCGCCUCCCUAACUGUUGUGAAAUUGUCUAUAUUACUCAACAAUGUCCCCAACGAGAGCCAAGUGGAGACUCUGAAUGUGUUCCUCACCCCUCGAGAUGCCAUCAACUAUCUCGCUCUUGUAGAAGCGGCAGGACGGAUAUGUGUGGCUCAGUGGGAAGGCCCUCCCCGACUAGGGUGCAUAUUCUGCCAUGGAGACCAUAUCUUGGCUGUAAAUGACCUGAAGCCCCAGAACCUGGAGGAGGUUUCCCUGUUUCUUACUCGCUGUGACCAGAAGGAGAAAGUGAAACUCUCCAUUGGCCGGAUCCCACAUUCAGAGAAGUUCCAUGCCCCCUCCUGUGCAUGCCCCUUAAAAAACCAUUUGGCUGAGUCUGUCCAACAGAGUUUGCUGGGGAGGGCACUGAAGAGGAGUCCAGCCAUCAAAAAGACCCAAAAGGAAUCAACUGGAGAGUAAGCUGCCUCAGGCCCAUGGCAGCAGAAGAAGGAUGGAGCCCUGGAUCAUGCAUGAUCGGAGACAAGACAGAAUCCUACUUUGAGUCACUGUACUGUCUUAACAGUGGGGGUCACUAGUCCCUCUGUGGCUGUUGCAUUGAGGUCACAUGGGGUAACAACUAAGGAACAGAGUUAGAAUGGAAGGCCUUAUUAUCUGAGACUUGGCACCAGACAUGGCAGGCAUCGAUUGAGUAAAUCUAUGAUCUAAUUAGUAGUCCUGUGUGCUUUCUGCAGUCACAAUUGCUUCUUUGUUAGGAAUUAGAAUUACUCAUUCCAGGGAGGCAAGAGAUGAAAGUCUGUAGCUGUCCUCCCAGACACUUCCUGUGACUCAGCAGCCCAGGGGCCAUCAGGCCAGGCAGAGUUGCCUGCAUUCUUACCAGACUCAGUAGACCUGCUUUCUUAAAGACGCGGUAACUAUUUUGGAAGCUAAAGAAGUUUGGUGCUGUAUCCAGUCAAGAGCUGCUUGCUCCAAACAUAAACAGGAAACUAUGUUUAUAUGUUCUUAAUUGACUGGUUUAUUACCAAAUUAGUCCUGUGAAGUCAAAGAACCAAAGGCCUUUUAAUCAGGAAAGCAAUAGCCGGCAGCUGAAAUCUGAUCAGCUUGGGGAAUAUCGGUACAGGGGGUGGGCGGUCAGAGGACACAGAUCCGCAGACUGUCCUUUCGCCUGGAAAGUCAAAGGCUUUGAAAGUUCAGUGAUAUUCAGUCUUCAUGACUCCGAGUUCAGUAGCUGUUGAGGGCAGAACCAAGAAUCUAACCCAGCUUUAGAAAGAAGAUUCCCUGACUUCUGCCUUGUAUGUGGGUUUAGAUUAGUAAAGACCUUUGGCACGCAGGAGAGACGUUCAAUGUAUUUCAUUUUCUGUUAUCUAGAUUGUUGCCAGUAUAACAUGUAUAUAUGUGUCUAAAACAUAUUAAAUAAAUAAAUGUCUAUA